AUGAAGGGUAAAUCCUCAACAGUCAAGUGCUUCUCCAUUGACUUCAAUAGCAGCGAGCAACCUGACUUUUCAAUCCUCACGUUCGUCAAGCUGAACAUGGCACGUCUAACUCGGCUGGACAUCAACAUUUGUAACAUUUUUCAGCCAUUCCAGGCCACCCUGGAUCUGUGCAAUUCUCUCUGCGAUUUGCUACAGCAUGGGAUGCUGGAGGAGAUUAACGUGCGAGCUGCAACACAGCAAGAAGGGCUGCUUUUGCCCCUGCUGGAUGCCGCAAACCACAGUGAUACUCUGGUUGCCUUGAGACUGGAGAAGCUGGGAAAACCAUCUGAGGUCGAAAUCUACCAGGAUGAAAUACUACGGAUGCUUAAGAGCAACACCCAAUUGGAGGUGGCACUGGUAUGUGAGGGCAUGAUCACAGAAAACGCACUACUUGAGCGCAGUGAUUUGGCAAUGAGAGCACAUGACACAGAGUUCUUCCUGGAUAGGACCGAAGGCAACGACAAACAGCGCCUGAUUGACUACCAAACGCUGUUGAUAGAUGUGGCCGUGGAGAAGCAAAAGCAGAAAGCCUACGACUGGAUGACUUUGCUGACUUGA